AUCACCGUGACGUCCUGUGCGGAUGCAGACGACAGAUGCCCUUACAGCCUCCACCGCAAGCUCCGCUCUCUUGGUUUGUUUUCUCCUUACCGUUUUAAAGCCUGGAAGAGUCAGCUGCGAGCAUGCAGAAGAGCUCAGUGGUCGUGGUGGCGGAUAAAACGAGCCUGAAAAGGCCGUUUAUAUUCGCUAACGCUGUACAUAUGGCUUUGUGUUUCUUCAUGUUGAGAAUGACUGUGAUUUGGCAUAGGGAUCUUAUACAAACUGGCAAGAUGGUGCCCAGUAUUUCUGUAGCAAUGAUGUACGUGAUUGAAGUUGGCUGCCUGCUGCUGUCUGUGCUCGGUGUGUUUGGAGCCUACAAAGGAAAGAGAUGGUGCUUGAUUCUGUAUGCGGCCGGGAUGGCAGCGGCGAGUCAAACCAUAAUUAUCAGAACGGCUCUAAGUUACCAAGACGUUUAUGAGAAACGUAUCGUCCGGGAAGAGUCCAAGCUGCUGUCUAUGAUGCCGCUCACUGGGACAAACAAAGCCAACAGGACGUUGCUACAUAAUAUCCAAGAGGAACUGGAAUGCUGCGGUCUCAUUGAAGGGUACAAGGACUGGGGUGCAUCCAUCCCCGCCUCCUGUAACUGUCACUAUCCAGGAAAAUGUGUUCGACUACGGGGCAGUGCCACUCUCGGGGCUCCGAAGAACCAAUAUGUUUAUCGAGAGCCUUGCCUACCGAUUUAUCUCUCUGAGCUGAAGUUGGCCUUUUCCUUGGUGAUGGCUAUACAGUUUGGGAGUGGAGUGUUUUGGAUUAUUUUGCUCGCCAUGAGCAUCAAACUGAUGGGACAGAUAAAAAGGAAACAAGAGUUUAUAGCUCUCCUCCAGUCCAACAGAUAUGUUCCAGGUGCUUUCUAGUACUUCACAGCAGUAUGUUUUAAAUACACUUGAAACUACAAGCAUACAUGGUUUGAAUUGGCACAUGGAGCUGCAUACCAUAACCAGGCUAAAAUGUGCUGUAGCAAUAUAUGUUAUGAUUUUAUACAUGUUACUGCAUGUAACUGAUGUUUGAAAGUGAUCUACAUGGUUAGAUUAAUAUAUUACUGUUUUAAGCCUUACUGCUGUAAAACAAAGCAAUUUACUGAAAUUGUACUUGUAUUUAAAUGAUAUUCACACUUUUACAUGCUUUUAUCAUAUAGAAGAUUGUGCUUUCAAAUAAUAUUUUGUCAAAUAAGCUGUUUAUCUGGUGCUUUUUCUUGGUUUUUGUCAGGGGACAUGUUAGGGAAGUCCCUUAAUAUUUUUUAUGUUCCGUAUGCACAUAAUUAUCGUUUUUAUUUUACUUCAUGUGUUCAAAGAUGGUUUGACUAUUAGCAGUUUCACUGAUUAUUUUCUCAGUUUCUGUAUUCUAACCUUCCUAGCAACCAAAAGGGGUAUUUUUCAUUUUUGUCAAAGUUUCAAAAAUCGUGUUUGCCUUAUAGUGACCCAGGAUUAAUUUCAGCUACAAGUUUUCUGACACGCUGAGUUUUAAAUAAAUGUUUAACAAUUUUCACCAAAUAUAGUACAGAUUACGGUCGAACCAAGUUUGGCCAAUUGUAUCAACGCUAUUUAAAGGGCAUAUAUAAUCAAUUUUAGGACUUUUCUUUUUUAUUGUUGUACAGGCUUUAGCUUACAGUAAUAAUCUUCAUUGCCAUGUCAUAAUUCAAGAAAUAUGUAAAACAAAUGCUGAAAGAUAAAAAGUGAGCACAAAACAAAAGGACAGAGCUCAAAGUAGCAGAAGAGUAAUGAAAUAACGUUUGGACGUCUGGACUGUGGCAUCAUGCAUGCCACAAUGGGUAGCAAAGACAAAAUUGAUAAACUCAUAUUUGAGUUCCUUAGUGAUGAUUUAUAUUAUGAUUUAUCCUUUGAGGAUGAGGAACUCAAGAGAAAUGUUGUCUGUGUGCAGAAGCUUGGAGACUUACCAACCUGGGAUAUAAAAUAACUCUGCGGUGAAGCCUGUCUGUCUGUGUUUUACCGGUAGGCAAACACUGCUUGUUACAAAAACUGUAAAUCAAAACAGUAAAAUUAUGAUUGCAGUCAGGUUAGAUAUUACCAUUUCUGCUACCAUUUUGACCAGCAUUGUUAUUCUGAUGCAAAUAGGUGUCAGCGCUCUCCAAACAACUUUGUCACCAGAAUAUUUUAAAUCAGGGACCCAUGCGGUCAUUGUGCAAGUCUCACUUUUCUCCACAAUACAUCUACUUUCUGUGUUGUCAAUAAGCAACCAAUCCAGUCAACAUAUUUAUGUUAAAAGGUCUAUUUGUCAGGAAAACAAUCUGUGAUGAUGCCAUGAGAGAUUUCCAGACAUCGCCCUUACAAACACAAUGUCAUCUGUAUAUAAUUGUGGCUUCCUGCACUUCAGAAUCAACUUUAUUGCCAGGUUUGUACACACAGGCUCUCAGUGAGGAUUUUAUUUGGUAUAUAUAAUAGUGGAAAUAAAGAAUAUCUUUUUAAAUGUACAUAUAUACACAAUUGACUUUACAAAAGAAUAUAAUGUAAGAUCAGUCCAACUAUGCAUGGUGUUGCACUGGACUGUCAGGUGUUCAUCAGUGAAAAAGCCUGGGGGAAGAAACUAUCUCUGUGGCGACUGGUUUUAGCAGACAGAGGUCUGUAGUGCUGACCUGAAGGUAACAGUCUAAACACCUUGUGUGCUGGGUGUGUGGGGUCUGCAGAGAUUUUAUCUGCCCUUUUUCCUGAACUUAGACCUGUAUAAGUCCUGAAUAGAGGGAAGUUCAGCUCUGAUGAUUCUCUCUGCAGACCUGAUUGUUUGUUGCAGUCUGGACCUGUCCUGUUUUGUGGAUGAGUCAAACCACACUAAGAUGGACGAAGACAGGACAAUUUGAAUGAUGGCAGUGUAGAAGAUGACCAGCAGCUCCUGUGGAAGGUUGUACUUCUUGAGCUGCCUCCGGAAGUACAGCAUUUGCUGUGUGGGAGAAGAUGCUCCCCAGCCUCACUUGCUGCUGCUGGUCCUUCAGGAAGCUGGUGAUCCACUGACAGGUGGAGGCUGGGGCAUUGAGCUGGGUGGCUCUGGUGGAGGAUGUCUGGGUU